GGGAGCCCCCGUCCACCAACCAACCGUCGAGAAGCGCCUGGGCGAGCUGUCCAUUCAGGAGUGAGGAUUUCGUCGACCACACCAAUCGGAGCUGCAUUUCGGCUCUCCUGACUGGUGCUGCUUCUGCCAUUGCAAGGUCGCCGCUGGCAGCGAUGGAUGGCGACGGGUCCGACUUCAUCGCCGACAGCAAGUACAUGCUGGAGGACAGCGGGGAUCACGACAGCGGCGACGGCGGCGCCGGCGGCUCCAAGUCUGGCGAGCCGAGCAACAUUCUGCGCGAGCAGGACCGCUUCCUGCCCAUCGCCAACGUGGCGCGCAUCAUGAAGCGCGGCAUCCCGCCCAACGGCAAGAUCGCCAAGGAAUCGCGUGAGUGCAUGCAAGAGUGCGUGUCCGAGUUCGUCAGCUUCGUGACGAGCGAGGCGAGCGACCGCUGCCACCAAGAGAAGCGCAAGACCAUCAACGGCGAGGACCUGCUGUUUGCCAUGUCCGUGCUGGGCUUCGACAGCUACGUGGAGCCGCUCAAGCUUUACCUGCAGAAGUACAGGGAGUCCAUGAAGGGUGACAAGCUGCCUGAGCAGUACGACGAAAUGGACGAACCGCACUUCUCCACGUCAGCGUUGGAGUCGUUGGGCGAGACCGUUCCUGCAAACGGAGCGACGGGUGGAAUGAUCUACACAACGUACGGCAAUCAGCAGUUUCAGCUCAACUGAAACGCCAUCUGCAAGCCAAGUGUGAAGUGUGGUUUGGAUUGUUGACGCCAGGGGCGUCGCGGUUGCCAAACGGCCGAGCGGUGCACCACCAUGAUGCGCGCGCAGCCCCGUGCGGGUCGAACGCGCCGACAUGGGCAGUGGUGUUCGCCAGCUUUUCCAAGGGCUUUCUAGUAACGAGGCCGGUCGACCCCCUGAUCGAGACGCCGCGGCAGAACAGGCCGGUCGGCCGCCUGAUCAAGGCGUCGCGGCAGAACAGGCCGGUUGACCCCCUGAUCGAGACGUCGCGGCGAGUCCUGCGGCAGAACAGGCUGGUCGGCCGCCUGACCGGGACGCCGCGGCAGAACAGGCCGGUCGGCCUCCUGAUCGAGAUGUCGCGGCGAGUCCCGCGGCAGAGCAUGCUGGUCGCCUUCCUGAUUGAGACGCCGCGGCGAGUCCUGCGGCAGAACAGGCCGGUCGGCCUCCUGAUCGAGACGCCGCUGCGAGUCCUGCGGCAGAGCAGGCCGGUCGGCUUCCUGACGAGACGCCGCGGCGGGUCCUGCGGCAGAGCAGGCCGGUCGACCAUUUUUAUCAUCACUGUUGUGUCGUUAAGGACAGGCGGUAUACGUUUGUGAAGGCAAAAACGGCGGCUGUCGCCGGGCACGUUGUUUGCGUCCCCUCGCCUGUGUGGUGUUCAGGCUAUUAGAUCAUAGCCGUAAGAAAGAGUUUGGAGCACGUCAAAGGGAUUCAUUUCCCGAGAGGCAUCGCUGCUCCCUUGUAAUAUGUGUUUCUAUUGUUCCCAGUGUUCAUUGCCGUGGUGACUUUAUCGACUGGUCUUUUAGACCAUUACUUAAAAGAUGAUCUUGCUUGUGCAAAGGAUGUUUUGGUCACCAACCAAUGUCACCUAAGUUAGGUUUUGUGAGGUUCUGUGCAGGCUGUUGGCAAAUUUGGCGAUGUUGCGUUACUCACCUCACAAAGCUUCGGGUUUUACUCUUCGGUUGACGGUAAUUUGACAGACACCUGAAGUACCUGCGAUCGAUUUGAACAUAUUAAAUAACAAUAAAUGGCAUCUGUUUUUUGAG